AUGGAUCCAGCUCCGCCGUCAACCACCAAGAGCUGGAGCAUACAUACCCGCCGGGAGAUCACCUCCAAGUAUGAGAUUCAAAACCGAAUCGGAUCUGGUGCCUACUCCGACGUCUACAAAGCUCGCCGUCUCUCCGACGAUCUUACAGUCGCAUUAAAGGAAGUUCACGAUUACCAAUCCGCUUUCCGAGAGAUCGAUGCGCUUCAAACUCUACAACAUUCUCCGAAUGUUGUCGAGUUGCACGAGUACUUCUGGAGCGAAGACGAAGAUGCAGUGCUUGUUCUCGAAUACCUUCCGACGGAUUUGGCGUCGGUGAUCCGCACCGCGAAGAAGGAAUGGAAUGGGUUGAGCGUCGGAGAGAUCAAGCGAUGGAUUAUUCAGAUUCUAUUGGCGCUGAUUUCGGCCAGGCAAGGAUCCGUCUAG